AUAUGCAAUAAAUCUAAAUGAACAGUAUCCUAGCGUGGCACGUUCGGGCGGCUUUCAGUGGCUUGAUAGUUGAUUUUUAUAACCAUUCUGAAUGAUCGCUACUGGACUCUUGUGGCGUGGGAUGAUAGGUCUUUUACCCUUUACCAGCAUCGCCGACCAAACCCUCCUUUCUCUUGCACGGACAGGUCCUGUUGCUUUGCUCGUUUUCAAAGAAUUUUCACGUUGAAUUAUUUUCAGAACACUUCACGCAUAAUCGAAGAGUUCAAGUUGAAUUUGGAAGAUGGGAGGUUGAAGCCCCUUCCAAGGGAAGGGCGUUUGUUUGACUGGUGCUCGGUGGCCCUUAAAAGAGUUUAACACCAACAAUCUGAUGGUGGAACACCCUCUAUCCAUUAUUACCUUUGAAGAUGGAAUGCUCACUCUCCUCGUUCACGUUUGAAGGUUCUAUUUCAGAAGCAAUUAUUGAAGCCAAAAAGCAGAAGAAACUUUUUGUGGUCUACCUUUCAGGUGAAGAUGCAGAGUCUGCUCGUUUGGAAAAAUCCACAUGGACGGAAUCAAAAGUAGUGGCAGAGUCGCUAGCCAAGUACUGCAUUUUACUGCAACUCUGGGAAGGAAGUACCGAUGCAGCACAAUUUUCCGCUAUAUAUCCUCAGAAAUCUGUUCCAUGCAUCACAAUUGUUGGAUACAAUGGUUUGCAACUCUGGCAAACUGAAGGUUUUGUCAGUGCUGAAAUUCUCGCAUCUAGUCUCGAGCGGGCAUGGUUGAGUCUUCAUAUCCAGGAAACUACUGCAACUGUCCUGACUGCAGCACUUGCUUCAAAGGAAGCUGUACCAUCAGCAUCUGGGGUUCAUAACAUUGCCUCAUUUGAGCAAGGAAGUUCUUCAAGCAAAGGUUCUACUUCAUCUUCAACAGACACAGAUGUCCAACCCUCGGAUGCUAGACCAUUGGUUACUACUAAGACAAUAGAAAAGAACAAAAAUUGUGAAUCCAUAGUUGAGCAGUGUGAGAAUUCCUCUUCAAGAUCAGUAUGCGCCAAUGAAUUGGAGAAUGAUGAGGGUGAACAGUUCAUCUCAUCCACUCAGACAGCCAAAGAAUUACUGAAUCCUGUCACAGUGACUCCGGAAAGCCCUAGAAUUGGUCAUUUAUCUUCUAGCAUUGAAGAUACGACUUCUGCACCAGAAGACAGCAUCAAUGUGAGUGAUCAUCUCUCACAAGUUUCAACAGGGACUUCACUUUUGAUUGUUGACCAAGGAAACAAAGUUGUUCACGACAAACAGAUUGAACCUGAAGAAGAUAAGAAGGCUGAUGCCUUGGAUAUUUAUACCAGUGCUGGUAAAUUAUAUGAUGUUCACUUAAACAUCCGUUUGCCUGAUGGCGUAAGUUUGCAAGAGAAGUUCUCUGUGACUAGCACAUUGAGUAUGGUUAAAGACUACGUGGACAGACACCAAUCAAGUGCUAUUGGCCCUUACAAUCUAGCUAUUCCUUACCCUUGGAAAGUUUUUAGUCAUCAAGAUUUGAGCAAAUCAUUUUCAGACUUGGGGCUUCUUAACAGACAGGCAUUGAUUGUAAUUCCACAGCAGCAAGCUAUGGGCCAACACAAGUCUUUAUCACAUGACGAAGUAACUUCUAUGACUGAUGCCAAUUCAUUAAAUGGAAGUAAUGAAGGAUAUUUUGUAUAUGUGAAAAAGAUUCUAUCUUUUUUGAAUCCUUACUCAUAUCUUGGGGGUAGUACUAGCUCAACAAGCUCUGGUCAGGAUUCUCCUAAUAGCACAUGGCAAUAUGGUCCAAAUCCAACACUCCAGAAUAACAUUGCAGGAAGUCGGAGGCCCUACGUCCCUUACUCUCCAAACCGAGGCAGCUCUGGAAACAGCAGAAAUGACCGCAAGAGCAGGCAACCAAUGUCCUCGCGUUUUGGAAGCAAUAUUCACACUCUGAAACAUGAUGAAGAUGAUGACCAAUUCGGAGACAGAAAUGCCUUCUGGAAUGGGAAUUCUACACAAUAUGGUGGCAAUGACGAUGGCAAAUAAGAACCCAGCAUACCCAUUUUAGUGCAUAGGGCUGUGAUGUUUGUGGUAUAGUCACUGGUCUGGUCUGGAGCUUGCUUGGUACCUAUGCUGCUAAGCACAUCGUGGUUUGAUGACCCAGUUAACUUGAACCCCAUAAUGUAGUGACGAGAUCCCCUUGAUGGCUCCCUCCCUCUAUAUAGGGAGGUGUGUUGCUGGAUUCAUUGUUUACUUUUUGUGAAAGCAGCUCCUCUACUCCAACAUUUCCUCCUACUGUUUUUGAGUUAAGAGAUUAAAUCUUUUUUCUUGGUCAGAUUAUUAUUUUUUUUUUUCCCUUCUAAACAGACUGGCCACGUUUCUUGGAACGUGUUUUAUCUGUAGCAUUGAAAUACAUGUCCAUUUUAACC